GUAUUUAUUAAUAUUACUUUCAUUGUAAAUAAUGUCAUAUUCAUUUAUGUCAUCAUCUAUAUUUAUAUAAGUUCCUUAACGUACAUGUUAUCGUUUACAUGCAUUAUAUAAGGCCUUAUUAAAAGUCAUCGGUUCAAGAUUAGUAAUGAAUUGAACAAUGUCUAAAUUUAUCAUACGUUUUCUAUAACCUUACUUUUCUGUUCCAAAAUACCCAUCCAUUCUAUCCCUGUUUUCAAAAUUUAAAGGAAGUAGUGAUUUGAUUUUAUAUAUUACGAUUCUUAUCUAAAUAGAAGGAUACAGAUUGAAUAUCAUAUUUAUUAGUUUUCUAUAUCGACUGAAAUUUUUUUGAAAAACCAAUUGAAUAACCUAUGAUCUGGAAAGUAAACGUUAUGUGUACAUUUGAUAAUUCUAUUUAUUUAUAGGACUGUAACUAGAAUCUGAAUGCAUUCAACGUACUACGUUUCGGUAAAUUUAAAACCAUCUACAGCAGAUCCAUUCAAGCUCCUCCGCAUUUGCGGUUAUUUUAUACAAAAAAGGGAAAGAAAGCGAGGCCUUAUUUAAACAAUCCUGAAGAAUAUCAAUUUAUCUUACAGCUUGACUCUGUUCGCCAAUUUAUAUCAAUUUAACUAAUUCAGCUGCUUGACGGUAUAGCGACAGUUACAGUUUAAACAUUGUUCGGGUCUGGAUGUUUAAAUUUUUUCUCAAAGCGUUCUCUUUAUGUGCUGUGUUCGCCAAAACGGCUUUAUAAAUAAAAAGUGUUGAAGAAGUACACAGUUUCCAUCGGGAUCUAACCCUUAAUAAAUAGGGUUAAAGUUGUUUCAAUAAAUGGAUAUUGAAUCCAGGCUUUUGUUGAAGAAAAUGCUUGACAUUGACUCGAGCCUCUUGCAAAAUCAUAGACAACGGGAAACUACAGGGAUAAAAAAAUUAUACAACAGUUUUUUCGUUAUGUUUUAAAGAAAAAGAAAACGUGAAACAUAUUUGGUAGUGAGUAUAGCUGAUUUUUAGAAUAGGAAAAAAAAGUAGCUGGUAAUAAAAACUUUUAUAAAUUGAUAUGGAUUAUCAACUUUACGAACAUUCGGAUAUCUUGUUGAACGAGAACUCGGAAAAUUCAAAAAAGUGUUGGAAUUUAUCAACGGAAUGCAGCAUGGACAAUAAUAGUGAUUUAUUCGGAUGGAAUACCUUGAAAAUCGACGAACAAGAUAAAAUUUCAAGAAAGAGGAGAUUAUCGGAGGAACUAGACCAAAGCAAAAAUAAACAAGUGCCCAAGGAAACACAAGAUUCGAACAGAAAAUUGAUUUUGAAGAAAAACAAUAAUGCCAGAGAUACCGUGAAAAUGCAACAGUGGCAAGUAGAGGACUAUGGAGAUUUAAAUUCAGACAUUGACAAUUCUUUAAGUCUUGGUAAUGAUUUAAUAAAUGGUGCAUAUAGUGAAAAUAUUUUAACGAUGAACGGAUUAACCGUUUUUAAACAAGAAGCACCAUCACCGACGUCGAGUGAUGUCUCAAAUUUGCAGGCAGCUAGAAAAAACAUGCAGAGCUCCUCCACGUCUAACCACCUGAAUGUAAAUAGUACAAUCGAUGAUCAUAUGAGUCAAACUAUGUUCAGUAAUACGAUAAAUCAAUUACUGAAUCAAGGAAAUUUGGCUGGGUUCCAAAACGUUGUGGAAAAUACCAAUUUAUCAUCUUCCAAUUCUCAAGACAGUUACAAUAUAACAUCUACCAAAUUCAAUCCUAUCGAAGAUAAAAGAUUCCAGUACGUUUUAGCAGCUGCCACUAGUAUCGCAACUAAACAGAACGAAGAUACGCUCACUUAUCUCAAUCAAGGACAAAGUUAUGAAAUUAAAUUGAAAAAACUUGGAGAUCUAUCCUACUACAGAGGUAAAAUAUUGAAGACAUAUAUACGUGUAUGUUUCCACGAGAGACGUCUUCAAUAUAUGGAAAAGGAACAGAUGCAAUUGUGGCAAACUUCCAGACCUGGUGACAGAAUUCUUGAAGUUGAUAUCCCCCUUUCGUAUGGAGCCUUUGACAUUACUCAGCCAGCUAAUGCUGUAAAUGUGAUCCACUUUAAUUGGGAUCCAACAAAAGAAGUUGGUGUUUAUAUUAAGGUGAACUGUAUCAGCACAGAAUUUACUGCCAAGAAACACGGUGGUGAAAAGGGCGUACCUUUUCGUAUCCAAGUUGAAACGUGUCAAAAUUCUGAUGUAACUUCUUUCAGUGGCCAAAAGAGAUUACACGUAGCGGCUUGUCAAGUGAAAGUUUUCAAAUUGAAAGGAGCAGAUCGAAAGCACAAACAAGAUAGAGAGAAAAUAAUGAAACGGUCAAUAUCCGAACAGGAAAAAUAUCAACCCAGUUAUGAUUGCACCGUUCUAAGUGAUAUAAUUGAUGCCACUUCGCCAUCACCGCCAUCAUCACCAGUUAGUACAGACGCCAGUACCGAAUGCACCCCGCAGAUUGGGAACCACUUUAAAAUUGCGAAAGCUGAUACUUCCACAGACAUAAACCAGAAGCCAGCCCCGAUUCUUCCGUUAGAAAGUCAAGAAGAUUCACAUUCCAAUAACAACUUCCAACUUUCCCAAUACUCUACACCGGAAGAUACUAUAAGAUGGUUGACUUUGAACAGAUUUGAAAAGUAUUUGGAGACAUUUGAGAGAUUUUCUGGAGAUGACAUGUUAAGGAUGUCAAGAGAAGAUCUAAUUCAAAUUUGUGGCAGCGCCGAUGGCAUUAGAUUACACAAUGCUAUUCACCUGAAGACAAUUUUGCCAAAACUGAAGCUAUACAUUUGCAAGGAAAAUUCGCCAGUUUUCAAUGCAAUAUAUUUAUCCUCGCACAGUAGCAAAGAAUUGAUUGAAAAACUGGUAGUGUUAUUAGGAGUACCUCGAAAACAAGUGUGUGAUGUUUAUAUGGAAGGACCACAAUCCAUCCACGUUCAAUUGAAUGAUGACGUAUUGAAGCAUAUUAAAGAAGAGGCCAUGUUCUCAAUCAAAAUUAUGCAACAAGAGAAUAAUGUCGGUUACGUGUUAUUAUUGAAGCGUACUUUUAAAUAGUAAUUUAUUCAAUGUAAUUAGAUUACAAAUCAAAUUUAAAGGACUAUUGAGUAGGUGCUUUAUUUAUGAUGUAACUUUACAAAAGUGAUUAUAUUCAGUAAUGGUAAAUGCUAGUAUUAUCUGUAGGAUUAUGAAACAAACUGAUUAUUAUUAUGGAGAGGAGAAUUAAUGUGAACAUAUUUUAGUUAAAAAGUCACUUGAAAUUUAUAAUUGGUCUUAUUAUGCAUCCUGAGAACAAAAGUGACCUGAUCUAAAAUUUGAAAAAAUCGAAUUAUACAUUAUGUACCUAAAAAUUCAUACAUUACCAUAUAGAAAUUGAAAAAUUGUCUUAUUUACAAAUUAGCAAGAUUGCAAGCCAUCUGUCUCUUCAAUAACUAAUUAAAACGAUCUUUGUCAAAGUGCUCUAAGUGCCAAGAUACAAAGUAACGGAAAAAUGAAAAAUACUAGUCAGUAACUCAAGUGUCUAGUUUAUUUUUAUUGACCCUCUACUGCAUGAAUUAUGAAAAAAAUAUUUGAAAGUUGUUAAGGUUUGUUUGGGAAUAACAUUUACUACAAAAAUGAAAAUUAAAUAAAUUUACUUACAUAAACUGAGAAAAAAACCCAGUAACUACACCAACACUAACUUCGUCAAUGGUAGUAACCUUUUCAAUGAAAAAUCCACGUUCUUGUUUUUUUCAACUAAAGUCUUGUUCCUCAGAAAAUAAAAAUAAUCUCUUGUGGUAACUGCUUAGCUCCAUUAAAUUUAAAAUUAUCUAAAAUCUUCUAGAUUCUUUUUAGAUUCCCAUUUUAUUUUACUGGGCGUAUAUUUUUCGCCUUUCCUAUUUUUGCGUGGCUUGUGGAGGGUUAUUUUCAUCAUCAGAGCAAUCACUCUCUGUUUCUGUAUAGCAAGAGAUCGUCUAUGACGGUUGAAAUUGUCUAGGGGAAACAUAUUCACUAUUGGAAUCGGAAGCUAAUUCAUUAUCACUAAGCUAGCCGUCCCUAGGUGUAGUAUUAAUAUGCUUCUGAGAGCCUUAAAAAUGAGCGGGAUCCAUUCUUCAAGAAAGGCUUGAUCUUAUGCCAUUAAAUUAAAUAAAUAAAUCUCUGCACUGAUCUUCCCCAUACUGUGUUUCGAUCGUCUUGAGUAUUAUAUUCAUAUAUAUUCAUAUUCGUGAAUAAAACAGUUUUCCAUUGCUUUACAGUUCAACGAGAAUGUUGUUUGCCAAAUAAUAGCCUUUCUCUGUAAUUCCUUUCCAGGAGUUUGAGCCUUGUCGCAGAAUGCCUCGAAUAAUUCCAUGCUCCCUCAGUCUUGGCUUACACGUGUAUUUCACGCCACUUCAAGUCUGUCUCUCCAUAUAGACAGCGUUAUAAAUAUGACGUUGUAGUCUUUGGGAUUCCCCAGGCUCUCGUCUCCCGAAAACGCUGGAGUACAUUGUGAAUGGUGGAUUUUGCUACCCCAAGCGUUUCUGCAAUGUAACGGACGCUUCGAUCUUCUCUGUCAGGAAUCAUCUGGGGCAAUGUCUACAUUCUCGACCAAAAUAAAAAACACGUCUAUAAUUGACAGAAAAAAUGUUUAAAUGUGCGAAAACAUACUUACAUUUUAGACUAGUUCUACCUGUAAAUCAACUUGAAGACAAAUAAAUUAUCUGAGUGUUAUAUAAUGAUCCACUAAUCCUGAAGAGAUUAGUUCAACGAACUUAGACCCCACAUUCUCUGUAUUAACCAGAUUACUCACAAACAAACACAUUCCUGACAAUUAGCUCUUAAUACAAAAAAUAUGAAUUUUUUUUGCUAUAGAAUUAAUGUACGCCUCUGCAUCACUUAACAUCUAAAUAACAAUUAUCUAUCAUCAGUAACAUCUUAAGUUUAAGUUGUGGUAUUGAGGUAUUAUUUUAACAUUAUGUAGCUUUUGUAUUAUUAGAUGUAGUAGCAUAUUAAUUUUAUAAUCUACACUCGUAAGGAAAAAAAUCGACUCGAGUCGCAAGCUCGCGGUCAAAAGUCUAGCAAAAAAUUUGUAGCUUCCAAACCCAAUCAAUAUUUAGUGUGCCAUUUUCUGGAUCUAAUAACAACUUCCAAUCGCUUUUUCAUACAUCGAAUAAGUUUUUCUACUCGAUCUUGUUCGACGCUUUCCCAUUCCUCAAUGAACUAUGUUUUGAGGUCCGUUUUCGUGGCUGUUGCAGAACCGAAAUUUUCUCUUUAAGUCAAUUUCGACAUCCUGUGAAUACUGCCGUGAGGAACCUCCUCUAAAACCACGCUUUUUUUUAUAUAACACUACUCGAAUAUUUCUACAAGUCUUGUAGACUCGUCCUCUUCUAUCGCUAAUAUGCAGGCACACUCUGCUUUCGUUUGAGAAGAAAACGGAGCCCUAUUGUCCAAUUAACGUGCUUUCUGGAACAUCGUAGACGGGAUGUUUGGUGGACUGCGGAUAAUUUGGGGUCAGUAACUGGGCUUUUUGGCUCAAGGUUAGCUGCUUUAAGUCUUCUGAGUGUCCAGCCACUCCUUGCGUUUCUAUGAGCUUUUUUUGGUACACUAGGGAGGGCCCGAUUUCUUAACGAUGUGCUAACAAUGAAUCUGUCAUCUCUCUCGGAUGUGUUUUUUAUUCUUCCGAGACGCAUCUUCGAUGAAAGUUACCAGUCUCUUAGUAACUAUGGAAACAACAGACUGACUCUUGUUUAGCGCACUGGCCAUUUCUCGCUGACUUAGGCCUUGUCGCAAUAGGGUGACAGCUUGUCAUUUGUUGUGUCCAUUUUCAUGUAGAAUCUUUGUUUGUUAAUGAAGAUGUGUAUCGAUGACGUUUGAUGGCUAACUGAUAGUGAUAGGUCACGUAACUUUUUAUAAGGGUCAGUUACUCCUAAUUAACAUUAUUGUAAAUAAACAUAAAAAGGGUGGAAGAAACGUUACAAUAUUUUACAUCAUUUUGUAGCUAAUAACAUUAGCUUUAAGGUUUUACUAAGGAAUAUACAAUUUCGUCACAGAAUUGCGAUUUUUUCACAUACGAGUGUAUUCAACUUGAUAUAACAAUGUUAUGUGCCUUUGAUCACUAAUAUUAGAAACACUUUGCUGUUGAACGGAAGUUUCUUGUGAGACUUCUAUUAGUUUAAGAAGUUAUUGUUCACAAAAUAAAAUGUUAGAGGAUAUGUAAACUAAAAUAGUAGUGUAUGGAUUAUUCAAUGUUCAUUUUUUUAAAUAAAACUAUUUUUUUGAUGA